CGCCGCCCUGGGGCCUGGCUCCCUCCCCAGGACGUGCGUGGGGUCGUCACCGGGCGUCCCGUGCUGCAGUCGCAGUGGGAGCUGGUGGGGGAGGCGGGGGUUGAGUCUCCACGCGGGAGGCCCCUGUGGAGACCUCGUUCUGGCCCGCGGCUCCAGGUGAGGGAGUCUCACCCAGGCUCCUCUUCUCCCUGCCGUCUCUGGAACUUCCUGGGAUUGCUCCUGACUGGAGGGGACUGGGACGUUCCUGGCAACCCAGCAAGGUGCAGAGGCCAGUGUAACCGGCCUCCAAAGCUGAGGAAAGGACCCUUCAGGAGGAGUGAUUCCGAGUGCUGAGCAGGAUGAGAAACCUAGGCUAAGAGAGGGAGUUCACGCUAAUGUGUCUUGAAUCCAAGUGUAGCUUCCCAGUAAGAUCUUCCUGUGUAUAGGAAAACCAUGGUCCAGGAGUGUUGGCAUAGAAGGGGCCAGACUCUUGUUUCACCCCAGCCUGCUGUGUCUGUCCUCUGCAAAGCCAUGUGGCUGUACCUGGCGGCCCUGGUGGGCCUGUGCUACCUUCUGCGCUGGUACCGGGAGAGGCAGGUGGUGAGCCACCUCCCAGACAAGUUCGUCUUCAUCACGGGCUGUGACUCGGGCUUCGGGAACCUGCUGGCCAGACAGCUGGACAUGCGAGGCUUGAGGGUGCUGGCUGCAUGUCUGACGGAGAAGGGGGCCAAGGAGCUCAGGGCCCAGACGUCGGACAGGCUGCAGACAGUGACCCUGGAUGUCACCAAGACCGAGAGCAUCACUGCUGCUGCCCAGUGGGUGAAGGAGCGUGUGGGGGACAGAGGACUCUGGGGCCUGGUGAACAACGCUGGCAUCGCCAUGCCUUCGGCGCCCAAUGAGUGGCUGACCAAGCAGGACUUUGUGGACAUACUCAAUGUGAACCUCUUGGGGAUGAUCGAGGUGACUCUGAGCCUGCUGCCCUUAGUGAGGAAGGCCAGGGGUCGCGUGGUCAAUGUCUCCAGCAUCAUGGGCCGUGUGACACUUUUUGGUGGGGGCUACUGCAUCUCCAAGUAUGGCACAGAGGCCUUCUCGGACUCCCUCAGGAGGGAGCUUUCCUAUUUUGGGGUGAAGGUGGCUAUGAUUGAGCCUGGUUUCUUCAAGACUACUCUGAUCACUAGUGAAAUAUUCGUAGAGAACCUUAAGGAGCUGUGGGACCGGGCCAGCUCAGAGGUCAAGCAGGUCUAUGGCGAGAAGUUUCUGGCAUCCUACAUGGAAUCAAUUAAAUUAAAGGAGCAAAAGUGCUCACAGGAUCUGUCCUGGGUGACGAACUGCAUGGAGCAUGCACUGACCGCCUGCCACCCCCGCACCCGAUACUCAGCAGGCUGGGAUGCAAAGCUUCUCUACCUCCCCAUGAGCUACCUGCCCACCUUCCUGAUGGAUGCCAUAGUCUACUGGAAUUCCCCAAGGCCAGCCAAGGCCCUGUGAAGCCAAGACUGGAGAGCAUGGAUUCUCCUGAGAUAAACACUCUGAAGAUAUUAGGAGGAAAGAGCCAAGGAACUCCGCUGAGGAACAAAACCCAACAGCACUCUUUGGUGCUCUGUUGACUUGGGCGGCCAGUCAUGGCCCUGUUCCUCCUGGCCUACCUCUCACCCCAAGGAAUGCACGCAGUUGGGGAGGGUGUGAGUAGAAGGAGGCUCAGCCCUCACUUGCUCUGCCUCCUGCCCAUCUCCCCAGGGUGUGCCUUGGCCUGGCCAGUCCACACCCUCUGUCUGAAUGGAAAUGGACUGGAGGAGGUGAGGGCACCCUCCUCUGAAGGUACCUCUGCCCAUGGGAUGAAGUGGGAAGGGAGACCACUGGUGUGACCCCUCAGGCCCCAGGCACCAGCUCAGCAGGCAUUGGCUAGGAGGUGGUGUCCUCAGUAGGGAUCCUGGCAGAGGACACAUAAACCCUUUGUGAUUUCACUUUAAACCAUGCUUUUGGUAGGAGGGGGGGCUUGUUUUUGUUUUGGAAUAAAAGUUGAAAAAUUCACGCAUGCACAGUGAUUUCAACUAUGUCCUUGGGGAGUGGCGGCAUUCAGCCCAUGGAGGAAGAGUCAGGU